CUGGGGAGGCCUCGGGAAACUUACAGUCAUGGCUGAAGGGGAAGCAGGCACCUUCUUCACAUGGUGGCAGGACAGAGAGAGCAAGAGCGAGCGAAGGGGGAAGAGCCCCUUAUAAAACCAUCAGAUCCCAUGAGAACUCACUUGCUAUCAUGAGAACAGCCUGGAGGAAACCGCCCGCAUGAUCCAGUCGCCCCCCUCCUUCAACACCUGGGGAUUACAAUUCCAGCCUCCCAGCAAGGUUGUGGCCCACAGCGGACGCUCCCCACGAGGUAGAGCCCCGUUUCCAUACCUGGAGCAGCUGCACCUGGAGGUGGGGCUCAUCUCCAUACCUGGAGCGGCUGCCUGCCCCAGGGCAGAAGCAACUGCGCGCAGCCAGGGAGCGGUGAGGAGGUCUCCCCAGGUCCCCAUGGGUUUUCUCCAGGUCCUCCAGUUUCCUCUCACAUCCCAAGUACACACCUCAGCCUCAUGGCAUGUCUACAUGGGCCUAGUCUGAGUGAGUGUGGGUGUAUCACGGAGGCCUCUCCUAUCUAGGGCGGGUGCCCGCCUUGGCCCUGAGCUGCCAGGAUGCGCCCUGGUCACUUGCCACCCUGAACUGGAGAAAGCAAGUUGGAAAAUGAAUGAAUAAAUGAAUAUAAAUUAUCGAAUAAAAAUUAUAAAGCCUAUGGUAAUCACACAAACGCAUGCCAACAAACGCCGCGUGUGAGGGUGUUCAGGGAGCCGCCAUAUUCACGGUCGCUUGUCUUUCAGCUGUGUGGUGGGAGGAGAUGCUCCCAACAGCUUGUGUUUUGCAGACAUUGAUUCCUUGAUUUCACCACCACCACUACCACCGCCGUCAC